UCCAUUUCUAACUUUCUGUCUCUUGUAUUUCUAGUUUCAGCAUGGGUUUACUAGUACUACUGCCUUACUACUAACUUAAACCCCUCCCCCUAACUUUCUUCCAUUUUCUCGCCUUAUUUUCCCUAGAAGCUAACACUCCUCACCUUCCUUUUCUUUACUUCGUCGACUUUCAAAAUCUUAGAAUGGGUGCUGGAAGGAAGACACAGACUAUUAUUGCAAGUGGGAAAUCUCAACCUUCAUGGACAGCAAAUGCCAUUCACACUUCGAGGAACCUAAGGACGUGUGAUCUAGCUGCAGUCAUAUUUGGUUGCAAGCAUAAUACAUUUGAAGAAUGUUUUUCAAGCUCAUUGUUUGGGUUACCUGCUCCUCAUUUCUUGUAUGUAAAGAACAUCUACCCUGGCAUGCCGCUAUUUCUAUUCAACUACAGUGAUAGAAAGCUCCAUGGUAUAUUCGAGGCUGCAAAUCAUGGAGGGCUCAAUAUCAAUUCACAAGCAUGGAUUGAAGAUGGUUUAGAUUCUACUCCAUAUGCUGCACAGGUUAAGUUCCACAUUCGGAUGAAGUGUCAGCCAUUGGUAGAAGAUCAAUUUGGUCCUAUAAUUGCUGAGAACUACUAUGCACCAAAGCUAUUUUGGUUUGAAUUGGACCACAAUCAAACUAAAAAAUUGAUUUCAUUAUUUUCUUCUUCUCCGAUAAUACAGAAACAAAACGUGCUGCACAAAGGUUUAUUUGGUUCUAAUGCAAGAGAAAAGCAGAGGUUGGAAGUUCAGAUUAAUGCUAAUGGAGGGGUAACAGAGAAAGGCAUUUCAUGUGUGAGACCCAGCUCUGGGCUUUCUUAUUGUUCUAUUGUAAAAAGUACGAGUUCAUCUGUUGUUCGGACUGAUCAAUCUGACGUCAAGCAAGGCACAUGUGUAGAUCAAUUGGACAUAAUACAGGGUGUUCACACAGUUCAAACUGAUAGUGCAGGAUGUUACUCGAGUGAUCCUCCCAUUGUUGGUGGUUUGACUACUUCUCUUUCUAAGAAACCAUGGACUGCCUUGUUCAACAAAGCAAGGGAAACUGAAGAUUCAAAGACUUCAGCUUUGAUAUCAAAUCUUUCCAAUAUGGAUCAGUACAAUUUACAAUUCGAACCGUCACCUUACCUAAAUCAAACUCAUGUUUUGGAAGCUGCCGCUGAUAAGGAUGGUUUUAAAAGUGGUGCAACUCUGGCCAGUUUUGAUAUAAGGCAGGAAGGCCAAGUUCUUAACCUCCCUGCAGAUUGCUUCAAUGCGGAAUGGAGCUCGUCAUGCGUGUUACCUUUGAAUGAAGAAAGUCAACCUUCCAAGGUUAAUAUUGAUGGGGAUUUACCUGUUGAGGAGCACAUAUAUGCUGAAUCAAAUUGUGAAUCCUUAUAUGAAGCUAUGGCAAAUGUAAUCAUAGCAGAGGAUAAUCAGGGAGAAGAUGCUGCAGCUCAUUUAAGGGAUGCAUAUGCUUCUGAAAUUAAGUCUCUUGAUUUUCACUCUAUAGUAGCCAAGUUAUUACUGGAAGUGGAAGAGUUGAAGGGAUCUCAGUCGAUGCAAGCUCGAAAAGUUAAUUGUUUGGAGCAAGAGCUGCUUGAAUCAAGAUCUGAAAUGCAAUAUUUGAAAGAUAGGUGCAAGAUGUUGGAAUCAAGCAAUCUAAACACCAAUGAGUUGCUGCUUAUAGCUGGAGGGUUUGAUGGUUCUUUGUGGUUGUCAGGUUUAGACUCCUAUUCUCCGUUUCAGGACCUAAAAAAGCCCCUUGCUUCGAUGAACUCUGCACGUUCACAUGCUUCAGCAGCAAAGUUAAAUGGUGAACUUUAUGUGUUUGGUGGUGUGCAUGGUGAUUUGUGGUAUGACACAGUUGAAUCAUACAACCCAACAAGCAAUCAGUGGAUUUCUCGUCCAUCGUUGAGUCAAAGGAAAGGACACUUGGCAGGUGUAUCAUUAAAUAACAAGAUAUUUGCAGUUGGAGGUGGGAACGCAGAUGAGUGUCUCUCGGAGAUGGAAAUGUUGGAUGUAAAUGCUGCAAAGUGGAUUCCUGCUCAAUCAAUGCUUGAAAGGCGAUAUGCUCCUGCUGCAGCAGAAAUAAGUGGCACAAUUUAUGUUGUCGGAGGAUACGAUGGAGGGGGUUACUUAAACUCAGUUGAGAGAUUUGAUCCGAGAGAAGAGUCAUGGAGAUGACUUGCGAGUAUGACUACAAAAAGGGGAUGGCACUCCUUAGCCGUUCUGAAUGACAAAUUAUAUGCUUUAGGUGGCUAUGAUGGACAGAAGAUGGUCUCAACUGUAGAGGUGUUUGACCCGCGUCUUGGUUCAUGGAUGAUGGAGGGAUCCAUGAAUCUAGCCAGGGGCUACUUUGGUGCUGUUGUGAUGAGAGAUGCAAUUUAUGCUAUUGGAGGCCUGAAUGACAAUGGCAAGAUAUUAGAUACAGUGGAGUGUUACGAGCAAAGUCGCGGUUGGAAAGCAACCGGCCUCAAAGGAAUUGGGAGAAGAUGCCUUUUCUGUUGUGAUGUUCUAUGAUUCAGUUGGGGAUAGCUACAAGGCUGUUUUUAAGGAAAUGCACAUUACAGGUUCUUCUACUACACAUGUUUACCCUUUUGAGAUACAUACAAUGUAAUAUUCAGCCAAACACAGUGUCGAGUUCAGCUGGUAAUGUAGAAGGUACUCGAGACAUGACUAUUAUCAGAAUCUAGAAUGAUUAAAGAGAAGUAACUUAGUUCCA